AUGGCAUCCGACGGCGGAAGGUGCGUCGCGCGUCCGCGGUUGCAGCAGUGGUCGUAUUCUUUGUCGUUGCUGUUGGCGCAGCGGUCGUACUACCACGGACGGUUCGUGUUGCGGGCGACUGACCGUCGUGAACGUUACCUUCAUCACACGCGAAAACCCGCGGUACCGUCGUCCCCUUUCGGCCUCCGACGCUCGGUUUGUGUUUUCCGCGAGUGUCUUGAGAAUACCGCGGUCGUGGUCGUCGUCGUCGUCGCCGCCGCCACUGUCGUUAUCGCCGUUGUCGUCACUGCUGCGGUGAUGGCACGCUUCGUAGUCGUUGGUUCCGGCGGCGGCUGCUGA